GUUAACUCCAAGUGUAACCAGGGAAAAACAACAUCCACAAUCUUCAAGGAGCAGGAGGAGGAGAAACAGCGGAAGUACCAACAGAGGGUACUGGACGGUGAAAUGGGAUCUUUCACUCCCCUAGUUUUUGGAACCAACGGUGGGAUGGGAGCCGACUGCAACUGCUUUCUCAAACGCCUAUAGCCAAAAAGUUCUCAGAAAAGAAUGAGGAACCUUAUCACAUUACUAUUACUUGGAUUAGAACACUGCUUUCUUUUGAGAUCUUA